AUGUGCCCCUCUCGAUUCACACCGCCGAAAGGCCUCAGCAGCACUCUCAAAGCUGGCGGACCGUACGCUGGCCAACGAAAAAGGGAACGCGGCACUGCGUGGGGCCCCUGUGAGCGCCUCAUAGACUGCGAGACGCGCUCGAUAGUAGCACUCGCAUCACCACAGGACGAGACCACUGCGAAAACCUUCCACAAAUGCUUGGGUAUCGACGUAUGA